AUGAGUGAGGGAGGCUGGAUAGUGUGCGUGGUGCUGGCCGUGCUGAUGGCGGCGGCGGCGGCGGAGGAUGUCGCCGUUAGACCUCGGGAUUGUAGCUUGGAGUGUCUCCGGCGGGGAGCCCCAGAGUGUGAAUACUGCAGAAUCUCCCAAUCAGACGUGCAGAAGGCCCUUGGCUCAAAAGCAGUGAAAACUCUUGGAAGUUGUAUUCCUUGGCCUUGUUUUGAGCUGAUGGGAAAUGGAGACCCGGAUAUCUGUCAGCACUACGUUCGCUCGCCAAACAACGUGACCGUGGAGAAGGUGGAGGAUCCGGACCCUUCCUCUGACUCGGUCCUGGUCUCCUGGAGGCCCAGUGUCUAUGGCAUCUCCUUCCUGCGGGGCUUUCAGGUGUCGGUGCAGGCUCUGGGAGGCUCCAGUGUCUUCUGUCAGCUCUUUCUCUUCCACCGCAAUGUGUCCCUCCCUGCGUCACAUGCUAAAAAGGUGUACAAGUCGGACCCUUUCCGAGGCCUGGCCCUGGGCUCUCAGUAUGUUGUGACCGUCAUGGCUCUGCCGGUCCCGGAGCAGUGGGACCAGUUUUACAACAGCACCACCUUCUCCACACGCUAUCGAGCGGGAGGAGACAGAGAUAAGGCCUAUCUCUCCUUAGACAAGCUGCCGCCCACAAACCCAGGGAAAUUGGAUGAUGAAGGAAGACAAUGA